AUGGGUCUCAUCAAGAAGGUGACCCAUUGGUCAUAUGACAAUCUGAUUGAUUAUCUUUCAGUGAACCCUACUAGAGAUGAAGUAACCCAUUACAAAGUCGAUCCGGAAAAUGAAUCUGAUGAAUCAAUUAUUAAAUUACGUACUGUAAAAGAUUUUGGCAGUAUCACCUGCUUGGACUAUUCAGAAUCAGAAAUUGGUAUGAUUGGUGUUGGUGAAAAGAAUGGAUAUUUAAGAAUUUUUAAUAUCUCUGGAUCAAAUUUCUCAUCCCCAGCAAACCAAGCGUUGGCGGGCUCAAACGCCAAUAACGACACUUCUAUGGCGAAUUCUAGUGUUAGUAAAGCAGCUCAGGCAGAAAAUAUAAUUGGUGCCAUCUCAAAUGCAAAGGACACUCAGGGGUACCUUGAAUCAGAAACCGAUUAUGAUAUACGCGUACGAGCUAAAAAACAGCGGUGUAUAAAUUCUCUGGGAAUAAAUACAAAUGGACUUAUAGCAAUGGGGCUUGAUCGAAAUAAGCAUGAUUCAUCUUUACAGAUUUGGGACAUGAACUAUCAUGACGAUUCGAAUGAAACUAUCAACCCAAUGUUUAGUUAUUGCACAAAUGAAAGCAUAGUAUCCCUAAAGUUUCUCAACGAUACAAGUAUAUUAGCUGCAAGUACAAAAUUUUUGAAGGAAAUUGAUGUGAGGUCCCCCAACCCGAUUUAUCAACACCCGACAAGAUUGACGUAUGAUAUCAAACUGAACCCCUUUAAUGAUUGGCAAUUUAGUACUUACGGGGAUGAUGGCACCUUAGCUAUUUGGGAUAGAAGAAAAUUGUCCGAUCAAGCUUCACUCGGUGAUUUAAAUGUAGCCUCCCCCUUAUUAACUUUUGAAAAAUUGGUUGGAUCCGGUGCGGCUUCAAGGAAAUACAUGAACUCUUGCUUUAGAUGGUCAUGUGUAAGAAAUAACGAAUUUGCCACUUUACAUAGAGGUGAUACCAUCAAAAGGUGGAGGUUAGGCUAUUACACUGAUGGCAAUUACGGUAGUGAGGAAGAUGACAAUAACGAGAUAAAUAUUGAAAAUUUGUUCGUUUCUUCCGUGCAUGAUACGAAUACGAUGUACGAUAGAGUGGCCACAUUUGAUUAUAUUCCAAGAAGUAAUCAUGGGACGAGUCUCAUCUGUAUGAGACAAUCAGGAACAAUAUACAGGAUGCCAAUUGCAGAAAUAUGCUCCAAGGCUAUACUCAAUAAUAGAAACUCUCUCUUACUGUCAAAUUUUGAAAAUACUGAGGUAGAUGAAAUUAGAGUCAACAGUGAGCACGAAAAAUCCAAUCUGGAAAAUGUGAAAACGGUCCUCAAAAAUUUAUCCUUUGAAGACUUAGAUGUUAGCGAAGAUUACUUUCCGUCGGAACACGAUGAACCUAAUAACGAAAUUGAAUAUUCUGAGUUAAGCGAAGAGGAAAAUGAAGAGAGUAAUGAUGUUCUUGACAGUAAGCGCGGGUUUGAAUUGUUCUGGAAGCCUGAAAAACUUCUGGAAAAGGAUAUCAGUGUAAUAAUGAGGACAAGAGCUUCACUGGGAUACGGGUUGGACCCAAUGAAUACGGUAGAGAUGAUCGAUUCUUCCAAAAACUUACAAAAUAAUGCUUAUAUAAGGAACACAUGGAGAUGGAUUGCAAUUGCAAAGGCUUCUGUUGACGAUGGUACAAUGGUUUCUGGUGAUCUUGACCUAGGUUACGAAGGUGUAAUUGGUAUUUGGAACGGUAUAAACGGGAUAUCCAAUCAAGACAGAUAUAGACAAGAGACAAUUCUUUCCGACAAACAACUAAAUAAAGAAAUGGAAAAGAUUAUUAAACUAAGAAAGAAAAAUAGAGAUCGGAAUACUCCUAUUGCCAAUGUUGCUGGUUCACCAAAAUACGUGCAAAGAAGACUUUGCUUGAUCAUCUCAGGAUGGGACCUUUCCAGAUCUGAUUAUGAAGACAAGUACAACAUAAUUAUGAAAAAUGGUCAUUAUGAAAAAGCUGCCGCUUGGGCGGUAUUUUUUGGUGAUAUUCCAAAGGCUGUAGAAAUAUUAGGGUCUGCAAAAAAGGAAAGAUUAAGGUUAAUUGCAACUGCUAUUGCAGGUUAUUUGGCGUAUAAAGAUCAGCCAGGUAAUAAUGCGUGGAGGCAGCAAUGCAGAAAAAUGUCCUCCGAAUUAGACGAUCCUUACUUGAGAGUAAUUUUCGCCUUUAUUGCGGACAAUGAUUGGUGGGAUAUUCUUUAUGAGCCCGCCAUAUCUUUGAGAGAACGGUUAGGCGUGGCUCUAAGAUUUUUGAAUGAUACUGAUCUGACCACUUUCUUAGAUAGAACUUCGUCUACCGUUAUCGAAAACGGCGAAUUAGAAGGUUUAAUUCUCACCGGAAUAACACCUAAUGGUAUCGAUUUACUGCAAUCAUACGUUAAUAAAACCAGCGAUGUUCAAAGUGCCGCAUUAAUAUCAAUUUUUGGCUCACCAAGAUAUUUUCGCGACCAGCGAGUAGAUGAAUGGAUACAAACUUAUAGAGAUAUGCUUAAAUCCUGGGAAUUAUUUUCCAUGCGAGCCAGGUUCGAUGUUUUGAGAUCAAAAUUAUCGAGAACUAAAACUGGUGUAUUGACUGCAGAUAUAAAGCCCCGCCAAAUAUAUAUCCAAUGUCAAAACUGUAAACAAAACAUCAACACUCCGCGCACAUCCCCACCUUCUAGCGCCGUAUCAACUAGUGGUGGAAAUUACAAAAAUGGUGAAGCAUAUAGAAGAACUAACACUGAUUACAAAAAAUUUAAUACUGGAAACUCUGAAACACAAACAGCUGAUGAAAAGCCAAGGCAUAAGUAUUGCUGCCCGCACUGUGGGUCUUCUUUCCCGAGAUGUGCCAUAUGUCUCAUGCCUCUAGGAACAUCAAACCUACCCUUCGUGAUAAACGGGAUUCAACCACGCGAUCCAAUGCAGACAGAGGACUCUCAAGAUGGUGCAGACCGCGAACUCGUAAGUAGAAAACUGAAGUUGAACGAAUGGUUCAGCUUCUGUUUAAGUUGCAACCAUGGUAUGCAUGCAGGUCACGCUGAAGAAUGGUUUGACAGGCACAAUGUCUGUCCCACUCCAGGUUGUACCUGCCAGUGCAACAAGUAG